UCGAGUGAGCCCUCGCGCGGUUUCCCGCGAAGAUCAGAGACGUACGACACCUAAAAUGGCGGACGAAGAAGAGAAGAAGUGACUACGACGAUGAGUGAAGUGCAAUUUUUAGGUUAAGGUGGCAUACUAUGGAUAGCAGGCAUAAGCAGCUCCACGAGAAGGCAAAUGAUCGCUACCUACGGCAACAGUACCGCGAGGCGGCGGAGUUGUUCACCCAGGCCCUGGAGUACAUCCACCCCUCGGUCUCCAACCAGCACAGGGAGCUCCAGCUGUCCUACAUCAAUAAACGCUCCGUCUGCUAUCUCAAAUUGGAGCAAUAUGAGAACUGCCUGGAGGACUGUAACCAGCUCUUGUCCCUGUCGACGCGGAACCGUAGCGGUAUGGCCAAGGCCCUCACGCGCAAGACACAAGCCCUGUCCCGACUGGGUAGGGUCAAGGAGGCCUUCGACACGGCCAAAGCCUGGACCAACAUAGAGCCAAAGAAUCCACAAGCAUCCAAAGAAAUGAAUAGAUUAAAGAAAGCUUUACAACAAAUGGGGGGAGCAGUAGACAAGGGUGUAAAUAACGUAGGAAACACAGCACAAAGCGCACUCCCGCACGCCGCCAACCGACCCCCGCCCGGAAGCAGUAGAACAGCCCACAGUAGUGCAAGCAGUACAGGAUCCGGGGCAACACCAUCGCAGAACAGGGAGAGGAACGCCAGUGGGGAGGGGAAACAGAAAACCAGGUCAUCCAAAUCAGGAGAAUCUAAAUUAUAUUGUACAUAUUGUGACCUCCAAUGUGCCACGGAUGUGGACCUGCACCUGCACUGCAUGGGGCAGGCCCAUCAGGCCAUCAUCAUGUCAGACGAUGGGCGGGACUGGAAGUACAGACCGCCCCCACGGGGGAUCACGGGCGUGGAUUACAUCAUAUGCCCUGAUCGCAGCAAGUGCCGUUUCGGUGAGCAGUGCACGGCAGCCCACUCGGAGGAUGAGCUCGGGGAGUGGCGGGAGAGAUACAGGUACAGAGAGAUGAAGCUGAAGAGAGCCAGGGAGAAGCAGCUGCACGGUAUCAGCUAUGCUGAACAGCUGCUGGAGAAAUGGAUGACCUCCCCCAUGCCUCUCAGUGUUGUAUCGGAGGCAAUAGAAGACGUGAAAGUGACGGUCAACUCGGACCUCAACGUAUCCGUCACUUCCAAGUCUUCUGUCCACUCAUGGAUAUUCACCCUGCAUACAAAGCCCUCCAAGCAUCUUCACCGAGUGGCCCUCCUGUACGACAUCCACCGUCCCCAUUUCUACCUCGCCAGCGUGUCCGUCGGCGACGCCAAGCGGCAACUGUCCCAAGAGCUGACGGAGAACUGCCAAGAAUGGACCAACCCGACCAGCAACAACCACCUGCUGGGCAAAUCCAAGGAGCGCCUGUACCGCAUCAAGCUCCAGUUCACCUCCCAGAUUUUCGGCACCUUCCGCCAGUCCGUGGUCUUCGACUUCGGCAGCGAGCCGGCCCUGAUGCGCCGGGUCUCGGUGGACGCCGUCUCCCCGGCCAGCCAGAAGGAACUGGAGGAGGCUCGGUUAACGCUCCGCUGCGUCAGCGAGAGAUGGGACGCCUCCAACAAGACCAUCCAGGAGUUCCUGCCCAAGGUCCAUGUAGCCAUGGAGGAGGACAAAGGGUUGCUGAGCUUCUACGUCCCGCCCCACUCUGCCGAGGAGCUGUUCCAGAACUCGGUGCUGAACAAGACCCUGACCAAGAACAACUACCGGGCCAAGAUGCACGACCUGCUGUACAUAGAGGAGAUCGCACGCUUCAAAGAUCUCAGCAAAUUCAACAUCCGCACCACCCUUCAGCUCAGCUCCAGUUUCCACCUGGUCCCUACCCGCAAUGUGGGCGCCCGCUACUCCGUGGACGGCCAGCUCUUUGCCCUCCUUCGCCUCAACGACGAACUGUCGGAGGACACCAAGGGUGGCAAGCUCAUCCUAAACAGCUGCAACACGGUGCUGCUGGCACCCCAGCAUAGUGGGUCCAGGGACAAGGAACAGGGGGCCAAGAAGAACCAGCAGGGGGACCACAAGGCCCCCACGUCCCCUACCGCGGACCCCUCUGCUCCCCCGACCAACACCCUCGAGAUGGUCUACGAGUGCACCAUCACGGAGAAGGGCAAAGGAGAGAUCUACCUGACGCUGCCCAAGACCUGCGUGGACGCUCUCAAACUGAAGACGAGCACCGAGUUCAAGGUGGAGCUGCAGUUCCAACUCAACAGAUUACCCCUAUGUGAGAUGCACUAUGCCGUGGAUAAACAGCCAGAUAUGAGCAUGCUGUUUCCAAACGUCAAGAACUCAUGCAGCAUUCCAUGGACGCCAAGCAAGCAAUGGGACCAAAACAUGGAUCCGCGUCUAAACGCCAAGCAACGAGAGGCCAUCAUUGCCAUGACGACACCUCUCAACAACCGUCUGCCGCCCAUCUUUCUGGUCGGUCCAUACGGGACGGGGAAGACGUUUACGCUGGCCCAUGCUACCAAGCUGAUCCUGCAGCAGCCUAACACCAGAAUACUUAUCUGCACGCACUCCAACAGUGCGGCAGACCUUUACAUCAAAGACUACCUCCAUGCCUACGUGGAGGCGGGCUUCACAGCGGCCCGCCCCCUGCGUAUCUACUUCAAGGACCGGUGGGUGCCGACGGUGCACCCUCUAGUCCGUCUCUACUGCGUCAUGUCGGAGGCACAGGACAAGUUUGCCAUGCCCAGCAAGGAGGAGGUGAUCAAGGCGCGGGUGGUGGUGGCUACACUCAGCACAUCAAGGUUUCUCAGUCAUCUCGACCUGGGACAAGGCUUCUUCACUCACAUCCUGAUUGAUGAAGCUGCCCAGGCCAUGGAAUGUGAGACCAUCAUGCCGCUGGCGUUAGCCAAUCUCAACACUCGCAUCGUGCUCGCCGGUGACUACAUGCAAAUCAGCCCUGAGGUCCACUCUGACUUCGCCCGGGACCGCAACCUGCACAUCUCCCUCUUAGAGCGCCUGUACGACCUCUACCCGGCCCAGCACCCCUGCAAGAUCCUGCUGUGCGAGAACUACCGCUCCCAUGAGGCCAUCGUCCGCUACACCUCCCGACUGUUCUACGACAGCAAGCUGCUGGCCAGCGGCAAGCAGGCGGCUCACGGGGACUGGUACCCGCUGACGUUCUUCACCACGAGGGGGGAGGACGUGCAGGAGAAGAACAGCACCUCCUUCUACAACAAUGCUGAGGUGUUUGAGAUCACAGAGAGAGUAGCGGAGCUGCAGAAGGCGUGGCCCGUGGAGGAGUGGGGCAACUUGGAUGAGACCAGCAUCGGUGUGGUCAGCCACUACGCCGAUCAGGUCUUCCGUAUCAGGUCAGAGCUGCGCAAGCGUCGACUGCACAACGUGUCCGUGGAGAGAGUCAUGAAUGUACAAGGCAAGCAGUUCCGAGUCCUGUUCAUCAGCACGGUCCGCACCCACAACACCUGCAAGGCCGCCACAGCCGCCUCCACAACCGCCACCAAGAACCGAUCCCCGAAGUCCAAGAAGGGCUCCCGGGGGGAGGCGGGGCACUCAGCGGGACCGGAGGUGGGGGAAGAGGAAGCAGACUACGGCUUCCUGUCCAACGACAAGCUGCUCAAUACUGCCAUCACCAGGGCUCAGUCGCUGGUAGCUGUCGUGGGGGAUCCGGUGUCCCUGUGCUCGAUAGGGAAGUGCAGAAUUCUUUGGGAGAAUUUCAUCAAAGUCGCCCAUGAGAACAAGAGUCUGUUCGGCAUCACCUAUGACGAGAUCAGGGCCCUGCUGUCGGGCGUCGAGAUGAAGAAGACGUACAUCCUGAACCCUCUGGCCAAGGAGUUCAUCCCCCAGGCCCUGCGCAAUCAGGUCACAGGUGCCCCCAUGAUCCAAGGAGCUGGCCUCCACGGAGUGGGAAUGAUGGCCCACGGGUUGCCCCGGGGGAUGCUGUCGCCUGGGGGUCAGACCCCUACGUCACUGAGUGCUGCCCAAGCGGUGAGCAUGAAUGCGUCACUUCGAGCCAUGGCCGGGAUGCCCUAUGGCCAUGCCGGGAUGGUGCGUCCAGGCAGCCCCAUCCCGACCUUUGACCCCGUGACCGGUCAGCGGCUGUAUGUGAUGCCCAUGCCUUACGUCAUGCCCAUGCACCCGCUGAGGAUGUUGCCGGCAGGCCCGCAGUUCUACACCCAGGGUGCCUAUGUGGACCCUGCCACGGGUCUGCCCCUGAUGAUGCCGCCGUAUGGCUUCCCACACAUGAUGCGCCACUCCCCAACACACCUCGCUAAUGUCUCCUCCCCGCAGCUCUCCCCUAAGCAGCAGUCCGACAAGUCCUCCCACCCAAACUCGCCUAAGGAAGCUGGCGGUGCAAAUGCCCACUGGCAAUCCGGCUCGCCGUCAAGGGACAGAGAAAGAAAGACCAGCAGCUCAGAGUCUAGCACCACCAAGACCAACUCAGCAAGUGACCGGCAGGAAGUCGUAGCCAAAUUGGAAGAACUGAGAAUCCACGAGGAGUACAAUUACUACCUGAGGACCAUGGGACCUGAUUAUGCAAGCAAUUUCCUCUUGAAGCAUUCUCCCAAACAGCAACAGCACAACAUGCACCACCAGACUGCAGCAGAACAACCGGGGCAACCGCCGCCGCUCACAGUAGCAGCUGAGGCACUACACAGGAUACCACAUGCAGCACGACAACAGGGUCAACCUUUCCACCAAGUCCUGAGCCCCCAAAUGCUGCAUCAACAGAGGCUUCAGCAGAUGCAGCAACAGCAACUGCAGCAGCAGCAACAACAGCGCUCUGGUGUCUUUAAUCCCCAAUCUGCAGGCGCCGCUAGUGCACAACAGCAGACACCUGUAAGACCACCCGCACAGCAGCAACAGCAGCUCUUCGAGAACAACAAUCCCCACGGCAGUGCAAGUGAGCCGUGGAAGGACUCCAACGGUGUUUUCAAAGGGAAUGCAGCUGGCCAGGAGAUCAUGAACAUGCUGCAGCACGGAAAGAGAAGAAUCAAGUCCAGCCCUCAGGAACCAGACGACAUGUUUUCAAGAGGCACUGUCAACCACCAGAUGGGACAAUCCCCGUACGGAGUCAACAGUAGGAGUCAGCAAGCAUUUUCCGAGACUCACAAUGACAUGCCGUACAGUGUCAGCAAACGUCAAGAGCAGCAGAGCGUGACGGGUCAACCAAUUGAGCUGCGGACGAGGGGUGUCCACAUGCCCCGGUCGAUAUACACUCAGCAGAACAGCCAUGGUCCCUCAACGGGUGCACCCCCUCAACACCAGCCGUCCCUGAGUCCAAACCCCAACCACAUGCCCAACAACAGCACAGACCGCUCCAGGCACUCCUCAGGUCACCAGAAUGCGGGUUUCUUCUCUGCGGCUGACUCGAACUUCCCCCGGCUGGGGUCGCAGUCAGACUUCUACCGGCAGAGCUCCCAAGAGGACCAGCAUGGCUUCUCCAGCUUCAUGGAGGACCUGGACAAGGAGGAGCCGGAAUUGUGGGUAAGAUCCAAUUCAGUUAGGAAUAAUAACCCCCGUAGUUACCUGAAUCAAGCCGCUGAUUACUCGCAGGCCGAGUCCCAGCAGCUUGUCUCCGCCUUACCUCCCCCGCAGCAAGACGACUGCGUCUCCCUCAACCCCAACCCAGGCAGCCGCUUCAGCCCCAUCGGCACAGGGGCCAAUCUCAACUCCAAGGACGACAUUUCCUUGUUGCCAUCCUCCAUGUCCUAUGCCAGCGCCCUUCGUGCCCCUCCCAAGCCCAAGCUCAGCAAGACUGGUUUUCCUCUGGAGGACCGGGGGAAGACGGCUUCUCCAGACCCACUGAUGCUCAUCAAAGACCUGGGCAACCGGCAGAACAAGGACGGGUUCUACUCCUACUUUAAUUAAAAAGCAGGUCAUUAUGUACAAUUCAAGUUGGGUACAUCUAUUCACCUGUAUUUGCUUCAAUUUAAGAUAUGACAAACAUAACAAUUCAAUCACUCCCAUGAUUUAUGCAAAAAAAAAUCGUAUUUCAAUGACACUUUCAAAAUUGAAACUUGAGAAAUAUUGGCAAAACUUAAGGAGAGCGAUACUUACCUUGUUACACUCAACGGAUAACUCUUAAUAGAAUUUGUAAAUUUUGGGAUAAAUAAACUGAGUUAACAACGUUUCACAUACCUCAAUUUGUCGCCAAACCUUUAAGUCUUACAAUCUAGUACCAGCAGCGUAGGCCCAGUCCAUACAUGUAGGUAGACUGUUGUUGAAGCCUUCUUUCAUACAGUGAAUGAAAUAAAGCGAAAAUAGCAUUGGUGUGCUUAAAACAUAAACAUGUAAUUUUCUCCGAGUGGCAUUGCCAAACUGGGAGCAACAAUUUUUUAAAAGUGACUGUGGGUUCUGGAUCGUAGAUCUUGUGAAAUAUCGUGGCUGGGCUGUUCCAUAAAUCUCCCUUCAGAUACUCCUUGUCAUCUAGUAUUUGCAGUUACUUCAGGCAUAAUCAGGUUGAGUUGUGGUCUGAAUAGUUGGUCCAAUGAAAGGAAAACAGAAAUUCAGUAACUAGUGUUUUGGAUUGACUGACUGGGGAUGCUGUUGUGAGAUUCAUUCAGGGAUUCAGAUAUAAGUGGAUGCAAGCUGUACAAAUGUAACACAGUGUCUCAGUUAAAUUGACUGAUAAUAAAGGAGUUGCUUCUGUUUGAUAUCAACAAAUUAUUAUUGGAUACAUUAUUAAAAAAAAAUGCUGCAGCUGAUUCUGCAAAGUUGAAAAGGAGUAUAUUGGGCAAUUCCAGUGUUAUGUCAAGUUCGUGACCGGGCAUUUAAGAGCUCAGUGAAUAAACCUGAACAUGUUUUUUUUUCGAAUCAUAUACAUCCAUCAUCUAGUGAUGGCCAAGGAGAUUACAGACUAGGAGUUGUGGAUCAUUUCUCUGAAUCGUUAGUUAGAUAUGCUUAAUUGGCUCUGUCACGGACAUUACACUUCCUGUAAUGAUGCUGGAAUUGCCCUGUUGCCAUUUCUCAAACAACGACGUUGUCUCUGGCUCUAAGCCUGUAACUCUUUGUAUAGAACAAACUGGUGGCUUUAAUGUUUUCGUAAUAGAAAAUGAGCCCAUGUCUCUAUUAAUCAAGGUCCUAAAUUUAUAAAGUUUGAAGCCAGAGCUGGAAGUGAAGUCGCAAUUUUGAGAAAUGGCCUGGGAGAAAUCUAUGGCAACAGACUAGCUGAUAUUAUUCAGAUCUUUAGGUUUGAACCCAUUCAUGUUUGUCUCUCAAUAGUUACAUAGUCACAAGGGUCUUUUUAAACUGCACAGAUUUGUAUAUUUCGGAUAUAAAAGAGAGAAAAAAAAGGAGUGUUUCGGCAUCGUCUUGAAAUUGGGAUAUUUGAUAAACUAUGGACAAUCAUGAGGCUUUUUGUGGACAGCAUUUUUACGCCGAUUUUUAAAACUAUUUACCUGGCCUGUGUAAAUGUUCCUGUGGUGGACUCGCACACAAUGCUGAGGCUGGACAAUCUGGCACCAGAGUAUGGAAAGUGUGUAGAAUGUCAAUUGUGGACACGGGGUGCCAGACAGAAGGGAACCUCUGUUUCUUGAACAGUUGUGUGUUCACUGCCUGCCUGAUGUGUAUAAAUUGUUGGUUCUUUGCCAAGUGUUUCGGAAUGUUGGGUCACUAAGAUAUUUUCGCGUUUUGGACCAAAUUGAAGAGCAGUGUGUUGACAAGGCCAGACUUGGCUUUUUGGCUUUUUUUUCUUAAUCCAAGAAAAUUUGCUGUAAUUAACGUUUACGGUGUAGUUCUACAUUACUUGAAUGUCACAGAAAGUCACAGCAGUUUUUUUUUAAUUUCUGGAUACAUUUUGUAAAAAUGUUGGUACAGACUGAAUCCAAAAAACACACAACUGGAAGUUUCAACGUUACUUGCUUGCAACAUUGGUGGUGUACAUGGUGCUUGUGAUCUGCCCAGAUAUGCAUUUUAUGUACAAAGUUGGUGUGCCUGGUUGCAGUUGAUGUUUUUAAAAUUCAAAGCUCGCUGCAGUAACAUUUGGCUUUCAGUUGAUGCACAUUUUGGAUCGCAUUUCUGUAUGUACGUCUGCUGAGCUAAAGAAGUAUCGUUGUCUUUUAUUGAGGCGCCUCACAGAAAUAUUCGCUUUUUAUUAUUUUUGUUUUUGAGUUGUGUGUAGGAACGACGCCGACUAAAUGGUUUCAAAAUUCUAAUUUGCUGAUAUGCAAGUCUGUACAUAUGUGUAUAUUGAAAGUGUUCAGUUUUUCCGAUUCUCUUCUCUUUGCUUUGCUUCUGUAGCUUGAAGUGUGUAACAGAAACUGAUCUAUUAUCUAGGAAAAAUGUUGAAUGUAUUGUAGUUAUGCGUUACUAGAUAAAAAGGGAAGGGAUAUUUUUUUAGUAUUUCAUUUUUUGUAAAGGGGUGAUACCCGUCGGAGCUGUGUUGAAGAUUCAGAAGUCUUUUUUUGCUUUUCGGAGAGGUUUAUGGAUGACAAUGGACUCUUUUUGAGAUUUUUCAUUUCUAAAUGUGAAUAGAUGUGAAUAAAUUAAUUCCUUAAAAAAAGAUUAACCAAAAAAAAAAAAAAACAAGAAAAAAAAAAAAAA